AUGACCAGUGCAGACUCCUUGCUAUUCACAUCACUAGGCCCCAGCCCAAGUUCUGGAGAUGGUGAUUGUAGGUUUAAUGAGGAGUUCAAGUUCAUCCUGUUGCCUGUGAGCUAUGCUAUUGUCUUCGUGCUGGGCCUGGCCCUCAAUGCCCCAACCCUCUGGAUGUUCCUCUUCCGCUUUCGACCCUGGGAUGCAACAGCCACUUACAUGUUCCAUCUGGCAUUGUCAGACACUCUGUACGUGCUGUCACUGCCCACCCUUGUCUACUACUACGCUGCCAGGAACCACUGGCCCUUUGGCACCGGCUUCUGCAAGUUUGUCCGCUUUCUCUUCUAUUGGAACCUCUACUGCAGUGUCCUUUUCCUCACCUGCAUCAGUGUGCACCGCUACCUGGGCAUCUGCCACCCACUGCGGGCGCUACGCUGGGGGCGCCCUCGAUUUGCAGGCCUUCUUUGCCUAGGUGUUUGGUUGGUGGUAGCUGGCUGCCUCGUGCCCAACCUGUUCUUUGUGACAACCAGCCCCAAUGGGACCACCAUCCUGUGCCAUGACACUACUCGGCCAGAGGAGUUUGACCACUAUGUGCACUUCAGUUCAGCAGUUAUGGUGCUGCUCUUUGGCUUACCCUUCUUGGUCACUCUGGUCUGCUAUGGACUCAUGGCCCUGCGACUGUAUCGACCUUUGCCAGGAGCUGGACAAUCAUCUUCUCGGCUCCGUUCUCUUCGCACCAUCGCUGUAGUGAUGACUGUCUUUGCUGUCUGCUUUGUGCCUUUUCACAUCACCCGCACAAUUUAUUACCUGGCAAGGCUGUUGAAAGCUGACUGCCAGAUCCUGAACAUUGUCAAUGUGGUUUACAAAGUGACUCGGCCCCUGGCCAGUGCUAAUAGCUGUCUGGAUCCAUUGCUCUAUUUGUUCACCGGAGACAAAUAUCGACACCAGCUCCAGCGACUGUGCAGAGGUAGUGCACCCCAGCGCCGAAUAACUGCCUCCUCCCUGGCAUUGGUGACCCUACAUGAGGAAAGCAGCAACAGGUGGGCAGACACCCACCAAGACAGUAUCUUCCCUGCCUAUAGGGAAGACAGAUUAUAACCCUGGGCACUGGUUG